AUGGCAUCUUACGAUGACAAAACCCCCUAUGACGAGAAGAAUGCCUCUGAGUCUGCGGCCGAGCCUUUCGAAGUUGGUCGCAUGUCCGGCCUCAAGCGACGCCUGCCCGGCUUCAGCCUCAAGGUCCGUCAAGAGGAGAGCAGCUUUGCCGCCACAAAGAACGCCUCCAAUGCCGAUUUUGACCCAAUCCCUCCUUCAAAGCGCACCUGGAAUUGGGGCGCGUACGUCGCGUACUGGAUGGCCGAUGCCUGGGCGGUCUCAAAUUGGGAAGUCGCUUCUACCAUCAUCGCCGUCGGCCUCAGCUGGAAAAUGGCAAUCGGCGCCUGUGUCCUCGGCAACACUCUGAUGGGUAUCGUCAUUACCGUCAAUGGUAGAAUGGGUGCCACUCUCCACACUCCGUUCCCCGUUCUCGCACGCAUGCCAUUUGGCUAUUACUUCAGCUACUUCGUCGUCGUGUCCCGCUGCGUCCUUGCCAUCGUCUGGCUCGGUGUCCAAACCACGACUGGCGGUCAAUGCAUGUCCGUCUUGCUCACAGCAAUCUGGCCAAGCUUUGCCAACAUCCCUAAUCACAUACCCGCCGAUCAGGGCAUCACCACGUCAGGAAUGAUUGGCUUUGUGCUCUACUUCCUGCUCCAGCUUCCAUUCUUAUGCAUACCUUACACCAAGGUCCAGUACUUCUUCGCUUUCAAGAGUUUUAUUGCACCGAUCAUUUUCUUCGCAAUUUUUGGUUCCACGCUGCACAAGGCCGGCGGCACCAUCAGUAACAGUACGGUCAUUACCCAGGGCACCACUUUGAGCGGUUCCGCCCUCGCCUGGGCCUUUUUCGGCAAUCUCAAUGGAGUCUUGGGCAAUUACGCCACCUUGGGCCUGAACAUCGCCGACUUUUCGAGAUAUGCCAAUAAACCCAGCGCACAGAACGUCCAAGCCAUCGUCAUCCCCUUCAUCUUUACUAUUGUUGGCUUGCUUGGCAUCUUCACUGCUGCAGCCGCACAGACGGCAUAUGGCGAAAAGAUCUGGAACCCAAUUGAAAUUGUCGGUCUCUGGUCGAAAUCUGGUUCCCACGGUGGACGCGCUGCUUCCGCCUUUGGCGCCAUCGGCUUGAUCAUCGUCACUAUCGGUAUCAACAUCUCGGCCAACUCCAUAAGUGCGGCCAACGACCUCAUGUCUUUCUGCCCCAAGUACAUCAACAUCCGCCGUGGUCAACUGCUUGCGGCCGUCAUUGGUAGCUGGGGCUUCGUUCCACCGCAGUGGAAAAUUCUCGCAUCAGCCCAAAAGUUCAUUGCUUUCCUCGGCGGCUAUACCAUUUUCCUGGGGCCCAUGACAUCCAUUCUCAUGACAGACUACUACAUUGUCCGACGCGGUAAUGUGUCCGUACCAGACAUGUACAACUUCCACGGCAUGUACCGCUACUCGCCGAGAUACGGUACCAACUGGCGCGCUGUCGUCGCCUUUUUCAUCGGCUGCACACCGCCGCUGCCCGGCUUUGUCAACAACAUCGUUGUAGCAGGCUAUGGCAAGACCAGCGUCUCUGUGGGCGGUCAACACCUUUUCAACAUCGGCUACAUCUAUUCAUUCGUCGCCGCCGGCGUCUUCUACUGGGGCUUCAAUCGUUUCUUCCCGCACACAGAGUCCAUCAUGGACCACCCUGAGACGGGCGAGGAUAUCAUUGCGGCCAACGACGCCAAGAAUGUUGAGGAGCGUCGCACCAGUCGGGCUGAGCGAAGGCCGAGUGUGGUUAGCCGAAUCUUCGAAGUUUAG